UUGUUAGCUGAUGGCAGACGUGCGGCGGCUUGCAUCGAUCGCUGGUUGGCUGGCUACCCACAUGCCCACUCAUUCAAAUUCAAAUCGUCCAGACGGCGCGUGGUUUAAAACGAUCAACGGUUAGUUAAAGCCGUGACGGAUCAGUUAUGCCACCGAAAUGUCGCAAGACUUCGAGACACGCCGCUCUAGUGGACGCCCAUGGUCACCGAAGACGGCGAGUCGUGGACAGAGACACGUAUUACCACCGCCGAAGGACGGCAGAUAUUCUGUGGCGAGCCGAGAUGACCAGCUGCUUCAACGCAUUGCGCUGCCUGGUGCUGCCUUCGUCACCGCGUAGCCGACUGCACCGAUCCAGACGCGCCGUUCUACAGGCAGCAGUUCAAAGACUGCGUUACUUGGAAGGCGUGGUAUCUGAGCUGCUUGCUAACGACAACGGCCGUCGAGCCUCGCCGCGCAACCUUCGGGAUGUGAGGAGCCAGUUCCGUCGUAGUCUUGAGGCAACUCCGCCGGCGAGGCGAAAGCGACGCCAGAGCGAGCAAAGCUCGCCAGAGCUACUGCCGUCUCUGGAAGUGUUGGGGGACUGCGACCAGGAAGCGUUCACGGGUGUUCGCGAACUUGGCGGCGCAAGCAACCGUGCCGAUGCUGCCAUGAGCGUGCCAUCGAGCCCAAGCAUUUGUCAGGUUUGGUGGAGUAACCGCGCGGUGGAGGAGGCCAUCAUGUCGUCGCCGACGGUGCAAAGCCUCGUGGAUAGCUUCUACGACGACGUGCCCCUUCCUACGAACGGGCUCAACUCUGCGCAGCUCGUGCCCGACGAGGUCAUUGUCCUCGAGGCCGUUCCGCCGUCUGAUUCCGACGACGAACAGCUGGUCCCAUUCGCAACGCUAGCUCCGGACUUUGACUCCAGUAAUUUUGCUAGCGACUCCAAGGCAAUAAGAUCAGAAGACCCCUUGCUUAGUUCAGCUGCCAUUGUGCAUACUGCCAAAAGCCCUGAGAAGCAUCUGCUCAUGUGCGAUGAACAUGAUGCUCCCAACUGGCCAGCUGAGCAACUGAUCAUAGGCACCCAAGUAGACUGGGUUCUUGACAUUCAUCUAUAGAGUAUGCAAACUAUCUGACACAGCCCACAGGUUGGGCAAAGGUCGCUUGUUUUUCUUUGUCUUUGACCACAUCUAGUCCAUGUAACACGUUCUACUUCUGAUAUAAUUUCUGUGACAUUGUUAGAAGCAAUUAUUAUUGCAGCUGUGUUGGCUAUCCUGCCGCUAAAGACACUUGCGGUCCAACUGUGAUCUCAGAUAUGUUUAUAUAUCCAUCGCUACAGUACCUGUAAGCUUAUUAAAAGCAUUUGUUCAUGUC